AUGGCGAUUUGGAGGCUCAGCCCGCGAAGGGUGUUGCUGGUUGCUGGGUAUUGGGAGCCCCCGGAAGGGCCUGCAGAUGACUCCCUUUCCAAGGUUUUGGGGCCCACUUUUCAGGAACCGGUCAAGGGCCAGCAGCCAAUGGCACCGGGGGCCCGCUCGCUCAACUUUGGGCGAAACCCUAAAAUAAACAAGAUGCAAGGAACCAAACGUCGAUCGAGAAACAUUUUCCAUCGCAGGGAUUCGUCAUUUGGAUACGAAUUUCACCGGUCCCACCCGCACAAUGUGUCAAAGAUAUAUAUUAUAUGUCGUGGCGAUUGGGACUAUUUCCAACUCCUCCGCUUCCAACUUUCCUCCGUAAAAUCCAGCCCUUGA